AUGGCUUCAAUCGCUUCUUUCUCUUUCUCACCGCCGGCGACUAUAAGCAGAAAGUCGCUUUCCGAUUCUAAUAUUCCCGCUAAACCACGAUGCUUCAGCUGUCAAUUACGGUCUUCCCCUUCUUCCUUCUCUUCUGUCGAUUCGUCAUCGCUUAGUAACAGCUCUCUAGAUUUUAGACUGCCGCGGAGAAGAAGAAGCGGCAGCGAAGUCGCGUGCUCAACGACGCCGUUUAUGGGCAGAGUUGGAUUACAGUGGAGAGACGGCAACAUGUCACUGUUAUCUUUCCGUGGAGGAACAGAGUCUCCGGAGAAGUCCGAUUCGUCUCAGUUUUUGUCCGCUUUGCUUCCGUUCGUCGUCGCUCUCACCGCCGUCGCUGCUCUCUCCUACCCAUCUACCUUCACCUGGGUAUCUAAAGACCUCUAUGCUCCUGCUCUUGGAGGGAUUAUGUUAUCUAUCGGAAUCCAGCUUUCGAUUCAAGAUUUCGCUCUCGCUUUCAAAAGACCAGUGCCAUUAUCUGUUGGGUUUAUAGCUCAGUACGUUCUGAAACCGCUACUCGGGGUUUUAGUUGCAAACGUCUUUGGGAUGCCGAGGAUCUUCUACGCAGGUUUUGUGCUCACUUGCUGUGUAGCAGGAGCUCAGUUGUCAAGCUACGCGAGUUCUUUAAGUAAAGCAGAUGUUGCAAUGAGCAUUCUUCUCACUAGUGUCACUACUAUUGCCUCUGUGCUCUUCACUCCAUUGCUGAGCGGUCUUCUAAUCGGAUCGGUUGUUCCUGUUGAUGCAAUUGCCAUGUCCAAGUCCAUAUUACAGGUGGUGCUUGUGCCAGUCACUCUUGGCCUUGUGUUGAACACUUACGCAAAGCCUGUGGUCACUCUUCUUCGACCCGUGAUGCCGUUUGUUGCUAUGGUGUGCACUUCGUUGUGCAUUGGAAGCCCGCUUUCGAUAAAUCGGAGUCAGAUUCUUUCAUCAGAAGGUCUUAGAUUGAUUCUUCCGGUUAUCACAUUCCACGCAGUAGCCUUUGCUUUGGGGUAUUGGUUCUCUAAGAUCCCUGGCUUAAGGCAAGAGGAAGAAGUAAGCCGAACGAUCUCUCUUUGUACCGGAAUGCAGAGCUCGACAUUAGCCGGGCUUCUUGCAAGUCAGUUCCUUGGUAGUAGCCAAGCUGUACCAGCAGCUUGCUCUGUGGUUGUAAUGGCCAUAAUGGGUCUGUGCCUUGCAUCAUUUUGGGGCAAUGGGUUUCGAAUCAGGGACGUUCUGACUCUACUAACACCGCAAAGCCAUGGCCAAACCGCUGAAUCAUGA